AUUAAAAACUUGAUAGGUAAGCGUUAGCGGAUCGUUUAUGUUUUUGUGUAAGUUUUGUUAAUUAUAUAUAUAUAUAACAUCAACAAUUAACUACCAGAAAUUUAAUUGUUGAAUUAAAAAUGGCAAGUUCUGCAAGUAAUAGAACGUCUCGGUUAUUACCUGAUGAUUUGUCUCAUGUCGAAUUCGAAACUAGUGAAGAUGUUGAAGUACUCUCUACCUUUGAUGGCAUGCAUUUGCGAGAAGACUUGAUUCGUGGUAUUUAUUCAUAUGGCUUUGAACGGCCUUCAGCCAUUCAACAAAGAGCUAUCAAACCAAUGAUUAAAGGAAGAGACGUUAUUGCUCAAGCUCAAUCAGGAACCGGUAAAACAGCUACAUUCUCCAUUGCUAUGUUACAGUCUAUCGACACACAACUAAGAGAUACACAAGUAUUGUGUUUAUCGCCAACUCGAGAACUUGCUGUACAAAUCCAAAAAGUUGUUUUGGCAUUAGGAGAUUACUUAAAUGUACAAUGCCAUGCAUGUAUAGGUGGUACUAAUCUUGGAGAAGACAUUAGGAAGUUAGAUUUUGGUCAGCAUAUUGUUUCUGGAACACCUGGGCGUGUUUUUGAUAUGAUUAGACGUAAAACAUUGCGUACAAGAAAUAUCAAAACAUUAGUAUUAGAUGAAGCUGAUGAAAUGCUGAACAAAGGUUUUAAGGAGCAAAUUUAUGAUGUCUAUCGUUUUUUGCCUCCUGCAACUCAAGUCAUUCUUAUUUCUGCUACUUUACCUCAUGAAAUUUUGGAAAUGACAAACAAAUUUAUGACUGACCCUAUUAGAAUAUUGGUAAAACGUGAUGAAUUGACAUUAGAAGGAAUUAAACAAUUCUUUGUUGCUGUAGAACGGGAAGAAUGGAAAUUUGAUACAUUGUGUGAUCUGUAUGAUACUUUAACAAUAACACAAGCAGUUAUUUUCUGUAGUACUAAAAGAAAGGUCGAUUGGUUGACAGAAAAAAUGAGAGAAUCAAAUUUUACUGUAAGUUCAAUGCAUGGUGAUAUGCCUCAAAAAGAGAGAGACGCUAUAAUGAAAGAAUUCCGUGCUGGUCAGACGAGAGUUCUUAUUACUACAGAUAUUUGGGCUCGUGGUAUUGAUGUACAACAAGUAUCAUUAGUUAUUAAUUACGAUCUACCAAACAAUCGUGAGUUGUACAUUCACAGGAUUGGUCGUUCGGGUAGAUUUGGCCGUAAAGGUGUUGCAAUAAACUUUGUAAAAAGUGAUGACAUAAGAAUUUUACGUGAUAUUGAACAAUAUUAUUCCACCCAAAUUGAUGAAAUGCCCAUGAAUGUUGCUGAUUUGAUCUAAUAUGUACACAGAAGAAAAAAUAUUACUAAGAUAUACUUGACAAUUUUUUUUUAUUUUUUUUUUAAUAUUAGUAUUAGUUUGAUAAUGUAAUGUAUGUUGUUAAUAAAUUAAGUAAACCAUAA